CAGGAGCAUUACUAGCAUAGUCGUGACCACUAAGGUUCUGUAAGCGUCCAAGGAUAGACACACUAGUCGUAGUCCGCGAGGAGGACGUUACGUGUGUAAGGCCAUCAGAAACACAAAUAAAACUGACAGUCAUGCCAUCUUCUUCAUCAUCAUCACGUCCGUCUGGAUCCCAACUGGUACAGUGCAGCUUUAGUCGCAACUAGAAGUGCGGCGACCAUUGUUCCAGAGAGAUGAUUUUGUUUUUUAGACGAGCGGGCGGCUGCUCGCGCUUCUCCAUGUUGUACUAUGGCUUUCUACUACGUCUGUUUCAACGUACGAGUUUGGUACUUUUUCCACUGGAGAUGAAACAGAAGUGUUGGUAUCUCGCUGAAGCUGCUGUACGGCAGGAAAGAGCCGCGCAGAAGUCGAGCAGUUCUUUACCAGCCACGUUCUCCUCAUCGACGCGGGAAGGCGCAGGAGAGAUCGAACAGCCAUCAGACAGUGAUGAGGCUGAAACUUUUCCGGCGCAAGAAGAGCAAGGUGGUCCUGCAGUUGCAAUUCCGCUGCCGAUCUCCACUCCGCAAAGUUUUCUGCGGGUCGCGGUUGGCCCAGGCGGCUCAACGACUUGGGAGCCUCCUGCUGCUCCAGAAAAUGCGAAUCGGGAAGAGAAGGACCAAGACGUGGACCAAGACUUGGGCUACGAGUCGCUGCACUCCGUCGAUCAUGCCUCCGGCGACGAUCAUGGCGAGGCGACAACAAGCGUAGCAGGUUUGCAGCAGCAAGGCGGAGUAGGUCGGACAUCGGGAAGAGUUGUACAUCAAGCCGGGAGGAUGUUGCCGUCGGGAAGUACGGCUGCUCCUCAUGGAAGCGAAGAAGGAGAAGAACUACAGAUUGCAGGAGAUUCUUCGCUGAUGGAGUUGAGUGGUGUAGUUUUUGGCGAAAAACGGAAUUCAUCGGGUGCGGCGCUUUCGUCUUCCAUAUGCAAGAACGAGAUCUGCGACUACGUAAUCAGCGCCAAUUAUGGGCAUGUCAGGAUUGAAAUGCUCAAAGUUGAAAAAAAAUUUUAAGGUACCUUAAUAAUACACUACUUAUGGCGUGCAUGCAUGUGGCGUUUAUCAGAUGAUUAACUAGCUAGCUCAAAACUGCGCCCGCGGAUGCGUGACGCAUCCGCGGGCGCAGUUUUGAACUAGCUAGAUAAACACGCCAAAUAGAUACUUAUGUUAGUUUUGUAUUAAGAGUUCUAUAUAAAACGCCAUACCUAGAUUUUUUUUUCAACUUUGAGAAUUUCAAACCUGACGCUUCCAUACGAAUCCGAUGGCGGAGCGCCUACGGCAAGCCAACGCAGAGCUGCUCGCGCGACAAAAACCGAAAGGCUCAGCGAUCAGUCUGCAGGUUUUGCAGUGGCAGACUGACUGUCCUUGUCAAAUGAAGAGGAGGCCGCUGCCCUCCGGUUCCGGCGAUGAAGAGACGCGGAGCGGAGCUGUAGACACAGGACAUCAUCAUAACAGCCGCGAAAAUGAGACGCGUAACAGCACUGCGGUAGAACAAUCCGGAGGUCGUGAAUUAUAUUGCAGCGGCUGGAAAAUGACGUUAACCUCGCCAAGUGUUUUUCCAGCGGAUGGCGAUUUUCUUGCGCUUGCGGCAGCUCGCGAAGUAGGCGCGGAACCCCGAGAACUACUGCAACCAAAGUGCGUGCCCACUGAUUCCUACGACGCCGAACAGGAGGCCCUGCUGAACAGAACUGAAGCGGGGGAGAAGUUUGUCAUCGUAGUCGACGAGCGCCGGGCAGUGGAGCUGGCGCGCAAGUACGCGGAGGUGAUCAAACGCUCGCCACUUGGCGGAGACUCUCUCCCGCGUCAAAAUUUCAUUUCUAGGCUCGACCGAAGCGAUAACAAAUGGGUUUCCUGGGCCGCGCGUCGUCACGAUACUGGGCACGUAUAUGACCCGCCGUACGAGGACGAGAAGUACUACGCAAAUUCGAUCACAUCUUGGGACGCUUUGCACGCGCGCCGCUUUCAACCAAACGAUAAUAGCAGCACUGACUUCCACUUCGCCGCUCAAAAUACAACUAUCGGAAGCGAAGAGAGGUCCUGGGCCACCAUGUUCCGGUGGGCGGUGAACGCAACCGACUUGGCCCGGGUGGUGAACGAAAGCGCGGCAUUGCUGGAAAGGUGUACCAGAAUGAAUGACGAGUACUUGGACGAAAUGUUCCAUUCCGCAUCUCUGCCGGAGAUCGAUCGGGCCCUAGAGCUGGUGAGGCGCACAGACGACGACCUACUGUUUCCAACUCCCUGGUCGCUCGUCGGUGUCGCGAUUUAUCAUGUGGUGUCUGCGAUCCUGUUCACGAACGCCCAGCUCGCUGGGACAAUGUUUUUGCAGCGCAAGGUAUCAAAGAGAAAGCGAACAAAGAGUAGUGCUGCAGUCACACUUGGCAACACAAAUUUGCGCUGUGCCAAAGCAAACUUGCAAUUACCAACCAAUGCGGAGGUCAUAAGUGAAAUCGCCCCUGGCCAGCAUGGAAAGAGAUGCGCAUCAAGCACUUCGGGCAUGACAGAGGUUGUGUGUCUUGCUGCCUCACAGUGUGUAAGAACUGCAGUAACACUAGUUCAUUUUUAUUUGCAUAAAACGGCAUCGACUUCUUUGGUGGUGAGCGGGUGCAGAUGGCAGACGCCCAAAAACAAUGGUUCAACCUGACUACAGACGUGCGCCCGACCGUUGUCGCAGCGGCGCCCCUUUCUUUUCGAAUGAACGAGUGCACGGGCGAGGGAGAGAGUGGGCGCAUGUGGGACGCCGCGAAGGAGUACUCCCUCAAAAACGCGGGCCGGCUUCCACACGGGUGGAAGGGCUGGUUCGGUUGGAGCCAACGCGAGGCGAAUGCGACCGCCGUCGCGAACUUCGAGCACGCUCUCGGCCCGGGGCGUCUGCCGGUUUUGGUUGUGGCCGAUGUGGUCGACGUGACGAGCCGUUCGGAGACGCAGCGCAAUAGUUUCCGCGAGCGGUUUGAAUUGCUCGGCGCGGGCCUGAGGGGCUGGUGGCGCCGGCUUUUCCACACCCAGAUGCACAUGCUAAUGCGUUGUGAAAAGUGGAGCGACCGAUUGAACAUUCGCGGCAUACUGGCCGUCGACGAGGGGGACGUAGCGCAGGUGAGAGACGCCGUCCGGGCGGCGGUUCGCCUGGUCGCCAACAGCAGGAAGCUACCCAGCCGUGCAGGUAAUAAGAAGAACACCACUGCGGAUAAUUUUCGAAACUCGACACCGCAAGUUGAAACAGAAAUGUUCAGAGACCACCUAGAAGAGGUGCCAGAGGAACGACCCGAGCCGUUGAAGCUGGUCGUGAUGACGGUUGCCGAGGCCGACAAAGAGCUCUAUCAAAUGCAAAAAUGUCUGGGUCUGGAAGAGUCAUGCUGUUUCUGCAUGACACAGAAGGUCUGGCAUGGAAGCUCUAGCAUCACAGGUUUCGAGAAGCUUCCGCAAUGCCGAACCCGCAUGACAAGUCCCCCACUUUAAUGACAGAAAAUGGGCAGCUUUUGCUACCUAUGCAUGAGAGUUUUUUGUGUGUUCUGAAAUGUGCAUCACAGGUUACAUCCUUCCAGACCCAGACACUUUUACAUUUGAUAAGCUCAGCCUCUUUACAAAUCGCGGCGCAAAGGAGUGGAUUCCUGCCGAUUUGCUCGCAGACUGGUACACUCGACACGCCAUUGAUUUUUCCACCAACUAGCUCUAGUCGUAGUUGUCACCCUCACUCAUCAGCCGCAGCGGCCGCACAAGCAACACUGUUCCAUGAUCCGUCGUCUUCUCUUGUUGAGAAAAUGGGCAGCAGUUCUUGUGCAGCUGGAAAAAUCCGCAAGAACGG